GACUUACAUCUAAGUGCAGAGGUUUCUACGAAGAUGAAGUUCGCGGUGUGUUUAUUGGCAGUCGUCUCUUGCGCUGCGGCUAUGCCCGCAGAAGUCUCUUUUGAAACACCUGAUGAGCUUGAUUUGUCUAAGAUCGUCCCGAACAACAUUUAUCUGGAACCAGAAACUCCCAUAGACCCAUCCACUAUUCCCGAAGGCAGAGUCAUCGGGGGUACUGAAGUAGCCCGCAAUUCUGUUCCAUAUCAAGCGGCUGUCGUCAUCAACGGCGUUAGUUUGUGCGGUGGUUCCUUGAUCUCCACUACACGUGUCUUGACUGCCGCUCAUUGUACCGUCAGUGCCUCUUUCGUCAAUGUCAGACUUGGAGCUCACGCCUUCAACUCCAACGAAGCCACCCAGGUGCGCCUUACCAGCAGCAGCGUCGUCAACCAUGCCUCUUACAAUGUAGGUAGCUUCGCUGCCAACGACGUCGCCGUUAUCUUCCUGCCUUCCGCUGUAUCCCUCAACAACAACAUCCAACUCAUUUCUCUGGCUCCUGCCAAUUCCGGUACUUUCGCAGGAUCAACCGGUUUCCUGGCAGGAUGGGGAAGGACCUCCGACGCUUCCAACGCAGUGUCUGCCGUUUUGCGCGGUGUGAACCUCCCCAUCAUCACCAACGCAGUAUGUGCUCAAUCCUAUGGCAAUAACGUGGUAGCUUCGAGCAUCUGUACCGCUGGACGCUCUGGAUCCAAUACCGUCGGUUCUUGCAACGGCGACUCUGGUGGCCCAUUGGUGGUUAACGAUGUCCAAGUGGGCAUCGUGUCGUUCGGUGCUGAGGACUGCGCUGUGGGACACCCAUCUGUCUUUGCCAGGAUCAGCUCCUUCAGAAACUGGAUCCAACAGAACGGCGGCAUUUAAAUACUAAGGAAUACUUUUCUGUCUAAUGGUUGUCUUCGACGAAAUGUAUAUUAUAUAAACUUAACUCCAAAAACCCAAGCUUUAUUUUUAAUAUAAAAAAUAUGUUCCCACCCAAA